CCAAGAGCUGUUUUAGAAAUUUGUGAUGUAAAAAAACGAAUAAGUAAUGAGGAGGCCAUUAUCAUCCCAUCAUUCUAGAACCCACUGCAUGUGACAAUAUCAUUCUAGGUGAAAUCUGGUCCCAGUCAUUUGCAUUCAACAUCUCGAACUGACAAGUAUUUCUGUCACUGGUAAAUGCAACUCUCAACAACUGAAAAACAGCUACAACUUUACCAACAGCAAGAACUUCAGCUAUAAUAUCUACAAUACAAAUAUAACUACGACUACAAGUCCAAAACUGCAACACGUCUCUUACUCCAACUGCAACAGUACUGCAGUUGUAUGAGUACAACCUCUUCUCUACACCUGCCUCUACAGUACCUUCUCUGAACUCUGGACAGGAGAUCCAGCUCAGGAAACUGGGCAUUUGGGAAAAUGCAGUUUGGUGCUGCCAUGUACAACCCAAACCUUUGCAGGCCAGCUGCAGCUCAGCUGCAGCCCUCCAACCAGCUCCCAUACAAUUCAAUUGUUCAGGGACUAAGAGAUGCGCUGUACUCCACCAUUAAUGACCUCAAGUCAUUGAAGGAGGAGAACAAAGCUCUUAAGGAGCAAGUUGGCCUCCAGGAGAAUCUGAAAACUGAAGUGAGCCAGCUCAAAAAAGAGCUCAAAGACAAGGACGACCUCCUUACAAAGGUCACAAUAAAAAGGCGGGCUAGAACUAAAGCCCAUGUGGACACUAUGGACCUGCUGGCGCGGAGAGAAAAGGAGAUGAAACAAAGCAACCAGCAGUGGAAGAGCAGAUUUGAGGCUCUGGAGGUGAGCCUAAGAGAGGAGCUAGCUCACAGUGAGAAGAGCUGGAGGAGAAGACUGGAGGAGAUGGAGAGAGAGAAGAGCCAGCUGAGUGCCAUGUGGCUUAAAAAGGAGGAGGACUGGAAGAAAAGGGCAGGCAAGACAGAUGAGGAGAUCAAACUCCUCAUUUGUAAGAUGGAUGAGCUUCAGCUCACCCUCAGCACAAAGAAGCAACUGGAGAAGGCUGAACAGCUACAGGAGGAGAAGAAGAAAGAUGAGAAGGAGGAAAAUGAGAAAAAAGAAGAGAGAGGAAAGAUUGAAAAGGAGGAGGAGGAAAAGAUGGAAACACAGGAGGCAAAUAAAAUGGAGAACAAAGACAAUGAGAUGGAGGAGAAUGCAAAGAACAAAAAGAAGAACGCAAAGAAGAAGAAAAAGAAGAAUAGAGGGUAGCUCGAACAGACUGAAAAACAACAGUAGAACACCCUCCCCAAACCCCCAACACCCCUCCCUUACUCCUUACCCU